GUUGGAAACUCCAGAUGGGUUCUUACAACUCAAAAGAGCUUUAGUUUUAGUUUAGUUGUUAAAAAGUUUUUUACACGUAAAGUUUUAGAUACUGUUCGGACUGGAUUAACGCAAGUUACCGGAAUGCUACAGGACUUUUGAAAACUGAGGGAACACAUUUCCUGUCUGACCUUCUAAGAGAUUUAAAAAAAAGUCUGGAGGACCCAUGGUGGAAUUAGAUCUGUGCUGAUCUCUGGGUUGUGUAAUCUACAAGACCUCAGCGUUGGAGACACAACUGAAGCAAGCUGAGGAAGAUUCAGGCAGGGUGAGGCGUGGCAUCAUGCUCUUUGUGGAGCAUGUGAUGCCCCGUGAACAGCAGAAUGAGGAGGAAAAUCAUUGAAUCUAAUUGUGUGCCUCACAGAGCCAUGGCUGCAGGGAGGAAAAACAGGCAAGAAAAUGCAAGCUGUGUCUGGGUGGAGUUCAGCUCCGGAUGCAUCGAGGGUUUGAAAGACUGGAGGCAAAACUGCUGCAUGCUUAAAUAUUUAAGCUGGAAAAGUUUCUUUUUUGGAAGUGGAACAUCAUGAGCAUGAAAGAACAAGAUGUCGACGCUAUCAUCAGAAAACAGCUCUGAAGAUGCCAACAAUCGCAGCUUCUGGAUGCCUGGGAACUAUCAGCGCACUGUGAAGCGAACAGAAGAUGCCUUCCAGGCCUGUAAUGACAUAGUGGCAUGUUUCCAAGAGAGAGCUCGCGUGGAGAGGCAGUAUGCCCAGCAGCUCAGUGAAUGGAGCAACAAGUGGAAACCAGUAGUGGACUCCAGUCCUCUGUACGGAUCUCUUCUGAAGGCUUGGCAGUGUUUUCUGUCCUCCGCUGACCGGCUGGCCUCCUUACAUGCCUCCAUCUGUCGCUCCCUGGUGUCGGAAGAUGGAGACCGGGUCAGGACCUGGCAGAAGGACACCUUCCACAAGAGGUUAUUUGGAGGUUUCAAGGAGUCCCAGGACAUUGAGACAGGCUUUACACGUGCUCAGAAGCCAUGGGCCAAAAGACUUAAAAAGCUGGAUAAAGCCAAAAGUGCGUACCACAAAGUGAGCCGUAAAGAGCAGGCAGCCAGGGAGCGAGAGGCACAUGCUCAGGGAAACCCGGACGUUGCCAUCGACAAACAGAAGAAGAUCCAGGAGGAGAGGGAACUGGUUCAACUGGAGGCCGAGAAGGUUCGUGCCCGCUAUGAGAAAGUUCUUGAGGAGGUGAACCGCUACGCUCCACGCUACAUGGAGGAGAUGGAGUCCAUCUUUGACCAAUCGCAGGACGAAGAGCGGAAGAGGAUUGUCUUCCUCAAACAGGCUUUUCUCUCCAUCCAUAAACACCUGGACAUUACCAACAAUGAGAGUGUGAGGGCUGUGUAUGAUGAGCUCCACAACACCCUAAUGGCCAUCGAUGAGCAUGAGGACCUUCGCUGGUGGAAAAAAACCCAUGGGCCCGGCAUGCCCACCGACUGGCCUCACUUCCAGGAAUGGAUGCCUGAGAAGAAACCUAAAAAAGGGAAGAAAGAAGAAGACAAGAAAGGUACAAUAGAGAGGAGUGUGAUGAUUGGAGGAGUGAGAGUAAGAGCUCUGUAUGAUUAUGUUGGCCAGGAGACAGAUGAGCUGUCAUUUACAGCAGGUGAGGGGUUUUUGAAGAUCGAGGAUGAGGAUGAUCAGGGCUGGUGUCGGGGGAUGAAGGAUGAUGGGUGGGAGGGGCUUUACCCAGCGAACUAUGUUGAGGUGGUGUAGUUAAAAGCAUCUCGACUGAAAAUGAAGAACAUCAUGUCACAUACCAUGCUUCAUUUCACUGUGUGAAGUCACAACCUGGCUAAACUUCUAAAUGUCAUGAAGCCGAUGCUGUAAAGAACAACACAAUGUAGCUGUUAGCCAAAGAUUUGGGCUGUGAUGAGAGUAUGAUCAUGCUUAAGUGGAUGUUUUAGUAUUUCAGCUUACAAAGAUUUUUUAAAACUACCCAGGUUGUGUAA